AUGUCCUUUCUCUUCAAGUCGUCGAAGAAGGGCACGCCAGGCCCCAAUCCCGCGGUGCCUCAGAAUCUACCGCAGCCGGGCAGAGACAUGCGUUUGGCGGAUGGAAGAGAGAGUAUGAUACCAGUGCCGCCCAAUGGCUCAAAGCCAAGCUCGCCCACGCCGGGUCAGAGUAUCAACAGCAGCAUCAACUCAAUCACCAGUCUCGAACAUGCCCAGCCAAUGUCGCGACCUGGCGAUGACCGCAUCGCGCUCGCACGCGACGACAGCGCGCGACCUCUUAGCCCGGAACAAAAGGCGCUGCGUGAAGGCAGCCGGGACACGAGUCGUGAAGUUCAGCAGAGAGCGCCCAUGCAUACACAGGGUCGACCCUCCGCCGACAGCUCGCCAUAUCCAUGGUCGCAGCGUCGUCUGAACUUUACGGUUACGCACACAAAUCCCUUUCCGCGAUAUGGCGCCGCAGUCAACGGGAGCGCCAGCAAAGACGGCUCGGUCUAUCUGAUGGGUGGUCUGAUCAAUGGUAGUACCGUGAAGGGAGAUCUUUGGAUGGUAGAGGCUGGCGUCGGCAAUAUGAGCUGCUUUCCCGUCGCGACUACAAGCGAAGGACCGGGUCCGAGAGUAGGACACGCCAGUCUGCUCGUGGGCAACGCCUUCAUCGUGUUUGGAGGAGACACAAAGAUGGAUGAAGGUGACAUGCUGGACGACACACUGUACCUCCUCAAUACUUCCACAAAACAAUGGUCAAGAGCAUUGCCGGCAGGCCCACGACCACCUGGAAGAUAUGGCCACACCCUGAACAUCCUGGGCAGCAAGAUCUACAUUUUCGGAGGCCAGGUGGAGGGCUACUUCUUCAAUGACCUUGUGGCGUUUGAUCUGAAUGCAUUGCAGCAGGCCACCAACCGCUGGGAAAUCCUCAWUCAAAACACCAUCGAUGGAGGACCACCGCAUGGCCAGAUCCCGCCUGCUCGCACAAACCACACCAUGAUCACUUACGGAGAUAGAUUAUACCUUUUCGGUGGCACGGAUGGUGUACACUGGUUCAAUGACGUCUGGUCGUACUCACCGCAGUCCAAUUCCUGGACGCAACUCGAAUGCAUUGGUUAUAUCCCAUCUCCGCGCGAGGGCCACGCUGCGGCACUCGUGGGAGAUGUGAUGUAUGUCUUUGGUGGUCGCACAGAGGRGGGCAAUGAUCUUGGAGACCUUGCCGCUUUCCGCAUUUCAUCGCGAAGGUGGUAUACAUUCCAGAACAUGGGUCCCAGUCCAAGCCCGCGAUCUGGUCAUAGCAUGACCACUGUCGGCAAGCAAAUCGUCGUCCUUGCGGGUGAGCCAAGCAGUGCGCCGAGAGAUCCUGUCGAGCUUGGCAUGGCCUAUUUCCUGGACACGAGUAAGAUUCGAUAUCCACCAGACUCUGCCACUACGACUCCGACCAACGAGCGCGUCCAGCCCCUCCGACGUCCCAGCGGUGAUCGUUCGACUCUACCCAUCGGAGCAAACCGCGGCCCGGUCGUCAAAGAGAUUACAGAUCGCGUGGAGGCACCCAGCGGCGAAAGGAUCCGAUCUCCGGACAGCGGUUCGCGCUUGCCGAGGGCGCAAGCGCAGCUGCCAGCACCGGUGGGGCCGCCGCCGCAGGCGCCAGUGCAGCCUCGACAGAGCAGCAUCACGCUGGCUUCAAGACAACCCACGCGAGCUGCAGACCGAGCCUUGAGCCCCGAGAACGAGCGCCCUCGACGGUUUGAUGCAACAAAUGCACCGGCAUCAGAGGGCGCCCGCUCUUCGCCUGUCGCAAAGGUCGGGACCUAUCAAAGAUCCUCAUCGUACGACGCAGAGUCAGGUUACUAUGGCAGCGAGCAGCAAACAGACCAGCAGAUGCGUCAAAAGCCGGAGACGUACCAACCGACUCAGGAUCAGACGAACGAGAGCGGCCCGAGAAGUGCAUCCAGUGCAUCGCGUGCGCGAGGCGUUGAACCCGGCUCCAGAAGCGGCUCAAGCGCCUCCCGAGUACACGGACUUCGAACAGAUCUCGCAAACUUUGAUGAGACACCAAGGCAGUCUGUCGACCAGUCAGAUUCAGCCUCCAGGUUUGGAAAGAUUUCCGAGGAACACGAGCGGCCACAGGACUCUGGCCUUGGCUCUUCGCCCGCACUUACACAUCAAAACGACAGUAUGGCCAGGGAGUUGGAACAAACCAAGCAGCGGAAUGCCUGGUAUGCCUCGGAGCUGGCGCUCGCACGAAAGUCCGGGUACCAAUCUCGCUCGGCCGAGUCACCUGUGUUUGAUGAGCGUGCCACCGAAGGUUUUAGUGAUGCUGACAGACCUCUCAUCGAGGCUCUACUGCAGAUGCGGGCUGAGCUGGCUCGAGUCCAAGAGACCAUUGACGAGCAGAGCAAGAGUGCAGCCGGUCGGAUCGCUGAGGUGGRGAAGCAGCGAGAUGCUGCGGUUAGUGAAGCAGUUUUCGCCAAGGCGAAACUUGCCGGCCAGAGCAGUCCACAGCUCGACGAAGGUGGCAAAGACGAUCGCAACAGCGACCUCAAUCGGCGGCUGGUCUCGUCUCUCGAAGCGCAAAGCGAGCUCAGCCGUCGUGUCGAUGCACUGAUCAAGGAUAUGGAAUCUGAAAAGACUGCUCGUGAGCUAGCAGAGGAGACCGCCACGGCCGCGCAGAAGAGAGCAACAGAGCUAGACGUCUACCGACAGCAACACACUUCGGAGAUUGAGAGCUUGAGGUCGGAGCUACACGAGGCUCAGAAGCAGUCGAGAGAAGCUGCCGCCAGCCACGCAGAGAUCCUUGCUCAACACAAAAUGCUAGCCGUGGACAAAACAGAGCUCAAGAAGAAACUUGAGCAGGCCACUGCUAAUGAUCAGAGCCACAGUUCAGUGCUGGCGUCCCUACGCGAGGCCGUCACGGCUUCAACAGACAAAGCUGAGCUUCUCGAGCGACAACUUGAGGAGGAGCGCAACAAACGUAAUGAGGCUGAAAGUGCUCUACGGGAGCUCAGGUCUCAGCACGAUGCGCGGAAGGACGAGCUUGAAAGUACAACCCAGCGCCUACGAGACGCGGAGGAACUCGCGCAAAAGCACGCCGAAGAAGCCCGAACUCAUCGCUCCGUGGUGCUGGCUGGCUUCGGCAAGACUUCCGAGCGUGGUGGUGAAGUCGACGAAGCCAAUGAGGAGCGCAUUGCCAUUCUACAGCAACAGGUGGAAGCUGCCAACGUCAUGGUCCGUCAGAAUCAGGCCGCGGCUGAUGCUGCGUCGGAGAAGCUGCGUCGCGCUGAAGAAAGGAUCGCCGGCCUGGAGACCUACCAGGAGCAAGCUAGUCGCGAAGGCCUGAAUAUUCGCAAACAACUGCAGAUCGCCAUGAAGGAGAAUCAGGGCCUCAAUAGCGAAAAGGCCGACAUGGAGCAGAGGCUCGAAAGGCACAUGUUAGAGACCAAUGCGCUCUCGGUGCAACACGCAUCCCUCAAAGACAUUCUUGGUGAGCGAGGCCUUAGUGGGACAGACAAGCGCCGAUCUCGCGCACUCGACUCCCCUGGCAGCAGMCGAUUUAGUACCCCGGAUUUGCAUCGCGUCAGGGAGCUAGAGCAACAAUUGGAGACUAGUCUCAAGGGCCAGGAUGAGAUCAGGACCCAAUACGAGGAGAUUUCUGAGCGGGGCGAUAAGAUGAAGCGCGAAUACGAAGAGAAGCUGACCGCGCUGGAUAACGACCAUCAAGCUGCAGUCAAGUAUCUCCGUGGUACGGAGAAGAUGCUGUCAAAGAUGAAGCAAGAGCUACAGCGCGUCAAGAAUGACAAUGGAGAUCUCAAGAAGAAACUCGACAAAGCCAUGGAAGACGCACAAAACAGUAAACGAACCACCCCGGAUACUUCCUCUCGCGCAUGGGAGGCGGAGAAGGAGUCUCUUCAGCGGGAGGUAUCUGCUGUACAAGCGAGCAUGCAACAAUCUGUUUCGCAGCUGGAAGGCAAAAUCACGACAAUGCAGCAACAACUUCAGAACACGCAGUCGGAUUUGCAAGAAGAGCGCAACCGUCACACAGCGGCGCAGACAGACCUUUCCAGCCUGCAGACGAACUUCACGCAGUCGCGCGCCGAUAUUGAGCGUCUCCAGAAAGAAAAUGUACACCUGGAAGAGCGCGCCAGAGAUGCGGAGAACAAGGUGCAACUUCUACUGGACCAGGUAGAGUCGAGCGUCGACAACUACCGCCGCCAAUCCCGUGCUAGCAACACAGGAACCGGAACUCCAAUCAUGAACGGCGGACUGAACCCACGCGCACCAAGCAUCAGCGAAGCCUCUGAAAGCUCUCCCAUUCACGCGAAGACACACAGUCGCGAUCCCUCCGGUACAGCAUCCAUUGAUGGCGAGUCUGCUGCGGGCGAUUCUCGCGACUCCAUUGCCCUAGAUUCGCUCGCCACGGAACUUGAUGCGCUUCGCUCCCAUUGGGAGACCACAAACAAGAACUAUCGUUUAAGCGAUCGCUUUGACUUUGAGUCCACCCCUGCAUCCGCCUCUACUAUCCCAGCCGGUUCGGGACUCUCAGACUGGCGGAGAGGACUUGAGCUCGACGAUGACGACGACCAGACACGACCCUCGACGGCCAAUGGCCCGACGAAACCACAGCCGGUUAGUGGCCACCAACGAGCCCCCAGCGAUGGCACUCCCACCCCCACUGGCACGAGCCACGCAGCGCCGACCUCGAGUGGAGCUUAA